AUAUGUUCAUCUGUCUAGACAUCAAUGUUUUGUUUUGAAAAUAUUACUGAAAAUACUAUGAAAAUGUUAUAAAACAUACUCUAAGUUGAAUAUUCUUCAACAAUAUUAACUUUACUAUCAUUUAAGAAUAAUUUUUAGCUCAAAAUGAACGUUUAUUAUCAGGCUCCGCAACUCGAUAAAUUCUUUUCAUCAUUUAAAAAGGGCACAGCAUACUGUUUCAUUUGCUUGCGGACAAAACAUGAGACAAAAUUAGUAAAUAACAAUGAAGCCGUGAAGACUUUCGCUAAAGAAAUCAAAAUGGAUAUUAAAUUUAAACACAACAACAUCUGCUACAUAUGUGAAUACAAAGCGCUAAAAGCGCUGCAAUUCUUUAAAUCUCUCACUUUUGCCGUGGCAGUAGACACUAUAUUUGCAGACAUAAUACUGCAUAAGAAUAAUCAUUACAACGUGUUUAGGAAAAACAAUUUCAAGAAACUCAUGGAUAAAUUUGGUUUUCCUGCUACAAUGAUGUUACCGUCGACGUGGGAGGCUGAAUUCGCAGCGGUGCGCAGUUCUACUACACUGACACAAACUAAGACACUGACGUUAGGCGUCGAUGGGAAACCCCUCCACACAAGAAACACUGGACCCCCACGAGACAUAUACUUAAUACCCGACGAGCCCCCCGGAGCGGACACCAUAGGGGGGGUCACAGAGAUACUCAAAAACAACCCGGAUUGUGACGCCCUCAAUAUGAAGGAUAACUUUGCGAAACAGUUCCGUGGGAUAUUACGGGCGCCUGCAACUGAAAAAACGGUUGAAAAUGUCGCCGAAAACCCGUUGUUUAGCACAAACGUGGAUAAUAUACAAACUCUAGUGAUUCUAGACGACGAAGAUUCUAAUGAACAGUGCAUAAAAAUAUCUAAAGUCGAAUCUCAAGCCCCCACAGUACCCGAAACACCCCCUAAUUCACAACCCACAAGAUUAGUCCCCAUACAGAAUCUUCUAGAAAAACCUACCCCAAAAUUAACAGUACCCCUAGAAAAUUUACUAAUACAGCCUCGAGACGUGUUUACUGGUAACAGUUUGUUAUUAACGACCCCCAACGGGCCUACAGAGUUGCACCCCAUCGCUAUCAGAGAGGGGGUCACGGUGGUCCCCUCUAUAAAUGCUAAAAUUGUGAACGGGGUCUUGAUAUACAAUGACCCCGCUAUGAAUCUUGCUCAAGAAGCUAUUAAUGUUAGUUCUGCAGCAAAUACUCAAAAAGAUAAUGAAAAAAAUGCGCUUUUAAAAUCUUAUUUGAGCAAAGGUAAAACAAUAGACAUUUAUGGGCCCAAAAGAGAUUCUGUGAGUGAUAUUGAUGAAGUGGCAACACCGGUUAAGAAAAGUAAGGUGUUGCCAGAAAAUGUGGAAGAUAGAAGUCGAAUUGACUGGGAAGAUAAAAUACCUAUGGAUGUUAUUUCUUUUGUGGAUGCCGUCGACCCCAACCCCAUACACAACAUACAGGCACCAAUGAAUAUGGGGCCGAUAGGACCUCCUGUGGUGCCCAUACAACCCCCUGUGGGGCCCGUAUCACCCCCUAUAGUGGCCAUCGGAUCCCCUGUGGGGCCCAUAGGACCUCCUAUAGGGUUUCCAGUUGGAACUGAAACGAGCCCCGUCAUUGAGGAUACCAUAGAUCCUCAACCCUCGGUGUCAACGGACGAUCCACUUGUCAUGGUGUCUAUCGGAACUUGUACGGAGCCCUCUAAAAGUUGUUACAAGAAUUUACAGCAGUUGCAGGAGUCUCAAGAAACCGACCCCCUAGCGAUAGAGGACCCCAUAAAUACGGAACCCAAUAGACCCGUAGCGUGGGGGGCUAAGAGACGCGGUAGACCCCCUAUGACCUUACCGAAAAUCGAAGAGGCAAAUUAUAUUAUAGAUUUGAGCUAAAUAUAGUAUUAUUACAAGUAUUUUGUAAAAUAGUAUUCCUUGUAAAAAUGUAUGUGUAAACGAUAUAUAUAAGCGCAGCGUAGGACGUCCACCAACAAGGUGGACAGACGACCUUAUAAAGGUCGCCGUCGACGCUGGAUGCAGGUCGCCUCCAACAGGUAUCUGUGGAGAUCUAAGGGGGAGGCCUAUGUUCAGCAGUGGACGUCCGCCGGCUGAGAUGAUGAUGAUGAUGAAACGAUAUAAAAAUUUUGGUAAAUGUUUGGGACAUAAAUAUUUUAAAAGUACAUUUCAUAUUUAUCUACCAUUUG